AGCCAGCCGCCCGCCCGCCGCCAGAGCUUCCCGCCGCGGGAGCGCCACACCCCGACCAUGUCGAUCGUGGACCACAGCCCCACCACGGGUGUGGUCACGGUCAUUGUCAUCCUCAUCGCCAUCGCCGCCCUGGGGGCCCUCAUCCUGGGCUGCUGGUGCUACCUGCGGCUGCAGCGAGUCAGCCAGUCGGAGGACGAGGAGAGCAUCGUGGGCGACGGCGAGGCCAAGGAGCCCUUCCUGCUGGUGCAGUACUCGGCCAAGGGACCCUGCAUGGAGCGGAAGGCCAAGCUGACGCCCGGCGGCCCCGAAGCGCACGGCUGAGCCGGGCCCGGCUCCGGGCAUGGACCGACGCCGGGCGCCCCCGCGGCCCCCCACCGGCUGCCCACUGCAGGCAGUGGGCGGCCCCGACCGAGCUGCGGCCGCCACCAGCCCCCCUUGCGCUUUUUGUUACUUGAAUGUCCAGCUGAGCCCGUUGUCAGUGACGCUUCUGCUGUACUGCGCAGACUGUAAAUAGGCCCCGACGCACACGCUUUGC